AUGUCUCUCGGCAAGACCUUCACUCUCAACACCGGUGCUAAGAUCCCCACUCUGGGUUUCGGCACUUGGCAGUCCGCCCCUGGUCAGGUCGGCGAAGCUGUCUACCAGGCCCUUUUGGCUGGUUACCGUCAUCUGGAUUUCGCUACCAUCUACGAGAACCAGCGCGAAUGUGCUGAGGGUAUCAAGCGCGCAUACAAGGAUGUCCCCGGUCUGAAGCGCGAGGACCUUUUCAUUACCUCCAAGCUGUGGAACAGCCAGCACAACCCCGAGGUCGUCGAGGCUUCUCUGGAUGCUUGUCUCGCUGAGCUGGAGCUGGAGUACCUUGACCUUUACCUUGUCCACUGGCCCGUUGCCUUCAAGAAGGGUGACUCCUACUUCCCCCUGGUUGCUGGCAGCAAUGUCGAGGGCGGUGAUGUGGAGAUUGAAGACAAGGUCUCCAUCGUCGACACCUGGAAGGCUAUGACCAAGCUCCCCAAGAGCAAGACCCGCGCCGUCGGUGUCUCCAACCACAGCAUUCCUCACAUUGAGGCCCUCAUCAAGGCCACCGGUGUUACCCCCGCUGCUAACCAGAUUGAGCGCCACCCCGUCUUGCAGAGCAACGACCUUGUCAAGUACUGCCAGGAGAAGGGCAUCCACAUCACUGCCUACUCUGCUUUCGGUAACAACGGAUUCAACGUUCCCCUUCUGAUCACUCGCCCCGAGGUCCUGGAGGUCGCCGAGUCUGUUUCCAAGCGCACUGGCGAGAAGGUCACUGGUGCCCACGUUAUUCUUGCCUGGUCCCAAAUCGGCGGCAACAGUGUCAUCCCCAAGUCCGUUACCCCCUCUCGUAUCCAGGACAACUUCCGCGAGAUCGAGCUCACUGCCGAGGAGGCCGAGAAGGUCAGCGCUCUGGGCAAGGACCGCAGACGCUACAACACCCCUUACACUGCCAACGUGCCUCGCUGGAACAUCGACAUCUUCGGCGAGCCCGAGGAGGCCGCUGCUGGCCACAAGGUCAUCGUUUAA